AUAUUUUUUAACAAAUCGAUUUUUAUACCAAAAAAUUGUCAACCGAUGUAAAAAGGUGAAGCCAACAGGCCCAGCUCUUGGCUUUCUCGCUGCCCCCGCCGCCGCAACCGUCCACCCGCGCCGCGACAACCACAAGCUGCGAUUCGCCGCCGCGACAACGCCUCGAUACAUCCACCAUGUCGCCGUCAAUGCUGGUUCGAACGGGGGAUAUAUUCUCCGCCGGCGACCUCGAGGUGCCCCCCGCGCCUGCAGCAGGAUCGAAUGUACGCUGCAAUCUCCCGAAUAUACUCCGCGGCGCGUAGGCGCCUCGAGGCCUUCAUAACCGCGCUCCCGGGCAGUCACGAUGGUUGCGGCGGCAGCAGGAGGGGCUCGCAUCGGCAUCGCCAGCGGCGGCGGUGGAGCAGCCCUUUCAGGACCCCGCUGGGCUCGCCUAUGUCGAUGUCCUCCAUCAUCGGCGCCGCGGACGAGCAGGCCACCCCCGCGUCGUCGGGGGCGGCCUACGCCACUCCCCAGGGCGAGACAGCGACACCGUCCGUGAUUCUGGCGUCGCCGCUGCCACCGCCACAGAUGGUCGUGGUGGCGCUGGACGCCACGCGGGACCACCGGGAUGACGAGAUCAAAACGGCGUUCAGGAAUUUGGUCGAGCGAGGAGACAUACUCCGCGCAAGGGAUUCGCUGCUCGUGCUGGGCGUGCUUCACUCCAUCACCCAUCCAAUGGGCUACCAAACCAAACCGUUUACUGAAUCUUUUGUCGGGACAAGCGACAGAUACCUACUUGAUCAGGUGGCGAACAUAGCUGAAUCCUACAAAAAUAAGCUCCAACAAGUUAUAGAGAUGCUCCACAAUGUUAAGAUUACUGUGACCCUCAAGAUAACCCCGGGAGCACCUGCAAAGGUUUUCAUUAUCCAUGAAGUAAAUUCCAGCAAAGCUUCUUGGGUUGUCCUAGAUAGGCACUUCCGGAGAGAUUUCAAGCACUUAGAAAAGCACAUAGCUUGCAAAGUUGCGACAUUUCAGGAUCACUUACAAGUGCAAUCCUUGAGGUCAAUACGAACAAAUCCAUCAAACAAAAGCACAUAUGAAUUGGAGGACCUGCAACGUUUUGCGGUCACGAUGGAUCUGAGUUCUGAAACAGUAAAUGGUGACACUCGCAAGGUAUCAAUCAGGUCGUCGCCUGUAAGCUACCUUGCCUCUCUGAACAAGCACGAGAUCCAUGAGACCUCCAGCGUGGCUGCAUGCAGCAUGCCAUACUUCAGUGGCAUGUCUCUCACAAUUGACGAUAUGGAAUCCCUACCUAAUGAAAAAUACGAAGAUAAAAUGAGCUCCCAAUAUGAUUCAUCAGAAAGGCCAGUUUUGUGCAUUGGCUGCGGUCUAAAAUCAGUUCUGUACAUAAAGGAAUCCAUGAAAUUCCCAUUCUCGGAGAUUCAAACUGCAACAUCGGAUUUUUCAAGUGAAAAUUUGCUGGGUGAGGGUGGAUUUGGGCAUGUGUACAAGGGCCAGCUCAAGGAUGGUCAGGUCAUUGCAGCCAAGGUGCACAAAGAAGCUAGCUCACAGGGUUAUACUGAAUUCUUCUCGGAAGUGCAAGUUCUCAGUUUUGCUCGACACCGAAAUAUUGUCAUGCUGCUUGGGUACUGCUGCAAAGAAAGCUAUAACAUCUUGGUGUAUGAGUAUAUAUGCAACAAUUCUCUCGAGUGGCAUUUAUUUGACAAGUCGGCAAGCUUAUUAGAGUGGCACAAGAGGUAUGCUAUUGCUAUUGGUAUAGCAAAAGGGCUGCGAUUUCUACACGAGGAAUGUCGUGCUGGUCCAAUCAUUCAUCGCGAUUUGCGUCCAAGCAAUGUACUCUUGACGCAUGACUUUGUUCCUAUGCUUGGUGACUUUGGUCUUGCAAAAUGGAAGGCUGGCGGUGACAACAUCCAGACAAGGAUUCUGGGUCAAACAGGAUACUUGGCGCCUGAGUAUGCUCAGUAUGGCAUGGUUUCUGUCAGAACGGAUGUCUACGCCUUUGGGAUUGUUCUUUUCCAGCUGAUAUCUGGUCGAAAGGUGCUUGAUGACCAUGGAGGGCAGUGCACACAUAUAUUGCAAUGGGCAGAGCCAUUGGUCGAAAGCCUUGCACUUCACGAACUAAUUGAUGAUCGCAUUAAAGAUACAAACGAUACAUAUGGGUUGUAUCAUCUAGCCAAAAUUGCAUAUCUUUGUGCCAGGCCAAACCCAGAGCAGCGGCCUUCUAUGGGAGAGGUUGUUCGCCUUAUUGAGAUAGAAACUGAACAUAUCAGGGAUUUGUCACGACAAUUCAUCCCUCAUUUCAUGAAGUGAUGAAAUAACCGAAGGGGAUUUUGUGGUGUGAGCUGACUACUAAAGUAUCUACGCUGCAUUUCCACCGGGACAAAGUAAACUGAAAUCCAUACUCUCCAUUCUUGUUGGUGAUAUUGUAACACUUGGCAGUUCGCUCUCUUUUGCCUUUCUUCAUUUUCUUCUUCCAACCAUGUAAGGCUUUGUUCGGUUAUUCCUAUGCUUUAUGGAUUAGAAUGGAUUGGAAAAAAAUAUGAAGGAUUUUGACUUGCUAUGGAUUUAAUCCCACCUAAUCCCUUCCAAUCCAUAUGGAUUGAUAGGAAACCCAACAGGCCCUAACAGUGUGCACAUGGGGUUACUGCACCUUUUUUUUCUUGCUCCUUUCUUCUCUUUGUAAAUGAAACACCUUCUUCUCAGAGUGUUGCCAUAGGUGUCUCCUGGCCUUGCCACUUUUCUAGAAUGUAAUGCCACUGUGUAAUUGACUGGCUGUUGAAGAAUUUGGGAGGACGCGAAAGAUGAGUGAUCUA